AUGGAGAAGAAGACGAAGAUGGUGUGGUUCUGGCCGCUGAAGCACGACGGUGGAGCAAUCAAGGAGGCGGAGGAUGUGGAGGCGGAGCAUUUAUCGAUAGGAGGGACAAUGAGCCACUACAGCUUUAGCAAAGGUCUUCUUCCUCCGCUCGGUGUCAAUUCUCGCGCUAGCCGUCACGCUAAGCUCCGCUCCUUCAUCGUAUCUCCCUUCGAUCCUCGUUACAGAGCGUGGGAUUGGUUUCUAGUGGUGUUGGUGCUCUACACAGCGUGGGCGUCGCCUUUUGAGUUUGGGUUCCUGCAAACACCAAGAGCGCCUCUCAGCAUUCUAGAUAACAUCGUCAACGGAUUCUUCGCCGUGGAUAUUGUUCUGACGUUCUUCGUUGCCUUCCUCGACAAGGCAACUUAUCUCCUUGUCGAUGAUCCAAAGCGAAUAGCUUGGAGAUACACUUCCUCUUGGCUGAUCUUUGAUGUGGUGUCCACAGUUCCUUAUGAGCUCUUUGCCAGCUUGUUGCAUAAGACUAUUCAAGGAUAUGGAAUUUUCAGCAUGUUGCGUCUUUGGCGUCUUCGCAGGGUCAGUAAAUGUUUUGCAAGAUUGGAGAAAGAUCGGAGAUACAAUUACUUUUGGGUUCGAUGCACGAAGCUUCUCCUCGCUACUCUCUUUGUGGUUCACUGUGGCGCAUGCUUCCUCUAUUCGAUAGCUUCACAUUACCCAGAGCCUUCCGAGACAUUUAUGGCACUUGCGGAGGAGAAUUGGACGAAGAAGAAUAUGCUUAUCCGGUAUAUUACAUCAAUGUAUUGGUCCAUAACCACCUUCUCAACGACGGGUUAUGGUGAUAUACAUGGUAAUAAUGCAAGAGAGAGGGCCUUCAUUUUCUUCUACAUGGUCUUUAAUCUUGGCUUGUUAGCUUAUAUCAUUGGUAAUAUGACCAACUUGGUGGUUCAUGUCACCAGUCGCACCAGAAACUUUAGAGACACCAUCCACGCCGCCUCAGCGUUUGCUCAGAGGAACAAACUUCCAGUGCGCUUGGAGGAACAGAUGGUAGCUCAUUUGUCAUUGAGGUACAGAACCGAUUCAGAAGGUCUGCAGCAGCAAGAAAUUAUUGAGUCUCUCCCCAAGGCUAUUCGUUCCAGCAUCUCUCAUUACCUGUUCUACGAAGUUGUGGACAAGGUUUACUUGUUCCAUGGAAUAUCCAAUGAUCUUCUGUUCCAAUUGGUCUCUGAGAUGAAGGCUGAGUAUUUUCCUCCCAAAGAAGAUGUGAUUUUGCGGAAUGAAGCACCGACAGACUUUUACAUAAUGGUUACAGGAGCUGUUGAAAUCAUUGCAUCUGUGAAUGGUGUGGAUCAGGUAGUUGGUGAAGCACAGACAGGUCAUGUUUUUGGUGAAGUUGGGGUGCUAUGUUACAGGCCACAGUUGUUCACAGUUCGUACCAAGCGAUUGAGUCAAUUGCUUCGUCUAAACCGUACAGCGUUCUUAAAUCUUGUUCAAGCAAAUGUUGGUGAUGGGGCAAUCAUCAUGAAUAAUCUUCUUCAGCAUCUGAAAGACUCAGAAGAUCCAGUGAUGAAAAGCAUUUUGGCUGAUACAGAACAGAUGUUGGCUCAAGGGAAAAUGGAUUUACCUCUCAGCUUAUGUUUUGCAGCAGCAAGAGGAGACGAUUUACUGCUGCAUCAGUUAUUGAAACGAGGCUCAAACCCUAAUGAAACGGAUAAGAAUGGUCGAACCGCACUGCAUAUAGCAGCAUCAAAAGGAAGCCAAUAUUGUGUUGUGUUACUUCUCGAGCAUGGAGCAGAUCCUAACAUUAGAGAUUCAGAAGGAAAUGUGCCAUUAUGGGAAGCAAUCAUUGGGAGACAUGAAGAAAUAUCUAAACUCCUAUCAGAAAAUGGCGCAACGCUAAGCGUUGACACAGUAGGCCGUCUCUCUUGCGUAGCCGUUGAACAAAACAGCUUAGACGCACUCAAAGACAUUGUUAAAUACGGCGGAGAUAUCUCACUCCCAGAUAGCAACGGAGCCACAGCUCUGCACAGAGCAGUGUCAGAAGGAAACAUGGAGAUUGUGGAGUUCUUGUUAGAGCACGGAGCAGAUAUGGACAUGCCAGAUGUUUACGGUUGGACGGCUCGUGGUCUUGCUGAUUAUCAAGGACAUGAAGACAUUAAAGCUCUGUUUCAUAAUCAGAGACCAGUUGAGAAGAAACCAAAAUCUGGUUCUGGGACACCAGAGAUUAAACCAUUGAUGAAGCAUUUUAGCGAGCCUGCAAUGACUCACCAGCUUUCAACUGAAGCAAUGCCGCCUCUUGCUCGAGCCGUCUCUCAGAGACGCAAGCUCAGUAAUUUCAAGAACUCGCUGUUUGGUAUCAUGUCAGCAGCAAACACUGGUGAUGAAGGAGGAGGAGCAUCGACAGUAAAUGCUAGAAGUGAAGGAGUUGGUGUGGUUUAUCCGGCGAGAGUGACGAUCAGUGGUGAGGCUUCCUCCUCUGGUAAAGUGAUAAAGCUACCGAAUUCACUCGAAGAGCUAAUUGAGAUUGGUGAGAAGAAGCUGGGGUUCGUAGCCACAAAGAUUCUGACGAAAGAAGGAGCCCAACUUGACGACAUCAGGCUUAUAAGAGACGGCGAUUUUCUCCUUCUUCUACAGGUUUCUUUGUGA